UGAACAUGUCCAGCUAACUCAAGGAUGACAAGAAGAGUUUUCCAUUUACAGAACUGCCUCUGAUCUAAAUACAAGGAUUUUGCCAAAGGUCCCGUUUCAUCUGAUAGAAUUUUGAAAUCAUCAGAAUAACAGAAUGGAGGUAAAGGUGUAUGUUGAAGGUGUCCAGCGUAUUGUUUGUGGAGUAACUCAAAACACAACAUGUCAGGAGGUGGUCAUCGCUUUAGCACAGGCACUCGGUCGUACCGGGCGAUAUACUCUGCAAGAGAAAUUCAAAGAAUACGAGCGUACUGUGACUCCAGAUGAAUGUCCUCUGGAGUCUUUGGAGAAAUAUGGUGAGCAGGCUAAAGAAGUGCAGCUCAUUUUGAAACACAUCGGCCCAUCCCUCGGGGAAGAAUCAUUUUUAUCCUGGGCCCAAAUGAGGCGAGCAGGAGCGGGGAGGGCACGGAGAGGCAGUGCAGUACUUGACCUUCACCGCCAGAGUCUUCCACCACUGUCACAUCUCUGCCUCCACUCUGAGCCGCCCCCUGAGGAACCAAAGAGACCCAAGAGGAAGUCGCUGACGCUAAUGGAGGAAGCAUGGGGCUGGCUGGAAAACUUGGGCAGAGGCAGCAAACACCAAUCAGGACGAGAUAAGGGGAAAAACAAGGAGGGCAAUAAAGGAAAUGGGCAUUUAGAUAGCACAUCUUUGAAACCAACCAAGAGCUCUCUAACCUCUGGGGGACCACAGGGAAAGGACAAAAAGGAUAAAAAUAGGGUGGCAUUGCACCAGCCUUUAAUCAGUUGCCUUGGGAACCGUGGAAGACGCAAUGAUGAGAGUCACUUAUCGGAGAGAAGAGAGAAAGAUGCAAAAGACGUCGUGGAGAAGGAUUUGAAGGCCAUCAGAGCUGACAAGCCAUCAGUUCCUGUUGUUCAGAUGAGCAGCAGUCAUAAAACUGACAGUGAGGAGAUUGAAGCAUCACGACAACUGAUCAUCCAACAACAGGCUAGUCUGCAAGAACUAAAGAUCAAAAUCGGUUCAACCGACCAGCAGAUCCGUGAACUUGAGGAGCAACAAGCCUCCAAACAGAAUUCAGAGUCAGAGGAUGAGGAACAGCUCAAGUUUUGGCUGAACGAGCUGAAGGCAGAGGAAGGCUUUGAGAGAGACCUGCAGCAGCAGUUCUAUCAGAUUAAGGAGGAAGCAGACAAAUGCAAAGCCAAAAUAAAGGAGUACAAAGAGAAACUGCUUUCGAUGGAUCUAAAUUUUGAUCAGCAGCCAAUUGAUCAUGAAAAUCUUACUGGACAAACGGACUCAUCAUAUCCUGAAUUGCAGCACAUGGAGCAAAGCGUCAAACAAACGGAGAGCUGCGUGGACACAUCGCAAGGAAAUGGUGAAGCAAAGAGGGUGGUCACAACACUGAACUCCAACGUACCGUAUGUGUUUGUUUCUGCAAAUCAGAUAUCACAUCCUCCACUGAGUGGACCAGCAGACUUGAGGGAGUGGUGGACACGAUGGUCUCAGAAUCAGACAACAGGGACUAAACCUAAGAUACACCGCUCUGAAAUCACCAUCCACAUUGGAAGCACUAGAGUUUGAGCAAGUCUGUGUACAUUCAAGGGCUGUCAAACGAUUAAACACAUCCAGAAUAUAAGUUUGCAUCUAAAUAAUAUUUGUCUGUGUACUGUGCAUAUUCAUUUUGUACUAAACAUAAAAAGCACAGAACACAGACACAUGUAAAUGCGAUUAGUUGCUUGACAAAGUAAUUAUGUUUAACACCACAAUUUUAACCAUGAUGAAAACAUUAAAGUCCUAUAUAUUGCUGUUAAAAAAAUGAAAUAUAAUACAUUAUUGAUUCUCAUAAAAUGUUUAUUUCAAUUGUUUCAUUCAAGACCGUUAACAAAAGUAUACAGGAGAACCUUGAGAUUUACACAAACCCAGAGUGCUCCAGAGAAUAUUCAUGACAGCAACAGCUUCAUGUGUCAUAAGAAGCACUGCAAAUAAUCUCGAUCCACUUAAAUGAAUUCUCACUCAUUUUAAUGAUACUAGUUACGUUUCCCCACAUUUGCAAAGUUACAUAGAUUUGCUCGUGUUCAGGUUUUCAAAAAAAUCACCCAAGUAAAAGCAGAUAAGACAAGGGUGUAUUUCAACCCACAGGUAUGGGGAUAAACAACAGUGUUCUCUAUUU